GUUGCUAAGACUUCUUAAGACGUUACUGGAACGCGAUGUCGCGGGCUCGGUGGAACUAGACUACGGUGGACACACGGUUGGCGGCUGAGUGCGUCGGAAAUUGAGCCGUUGGAGUUAGUUUGUCGCGAACCGCCUGUGCGAAACGGUUUUGUGGGUGACGCGACGCCGCGCUAAGUGGUUUCGAGUUCGAAGUGACCGACCUGUGUUCUGUUAAAAACCGACGUUAUUGGGAUUCACAUGCCCCAGUGCAUUGUUACGAAAGCUAAUUGAUAGUACCUGAGUGUGUGAAUUUUGAAACUGUGCAGUGCCUCCGCCAGCAGCCGUUAUUGGAUAGUCUAGCAGCCAACGAUUUCGCAAAAUUCCAGAAACAAUGUCCGAGAUAACAACGAAUGAAGAAAGUGUUCGCUUUUCAAAUAAUUCAUACUUUGUGAAAGUUUUCAGUUUACAAGUGAAAUUUUAAUGUGGACAGAGUGCCCUCGUCUCGUUUUCAUAUAUUUUUGUUAAUAUCAUUUAAAAGGAAUCAUAAAGGUGUAAAAUUGGUUAAUUGAAAAUCAAUAAAAAAUUGAGUCGAAUUGUAUUUAGCCUAUCACGCGACGAGUUGUGGAACGCUCUUAGUUUGGAUGGCUUUCGAUUAACACCACUUACGACUUGGAACGAAAUGCUAACGCGCCUUGGAACCCGACGCUCCAGAAUUUUGUUUUUGGAGCUCUUGAUCACAUAAUUCCUACUGGCGCUAUCUUUUUUUCUCACCCACAAACCGUCGACUAGAAAAACAACUUCGAGACACAACGAUCGAAAAUGACUCUUCCGAAAAUGGAUUCCCGAAUUGGGCUGGACUACAUAGUGGAGAACCGCGAAUAUGUCUCGAAAUUGGGCGCUGCACUGGACACCAAUAACUCUACCGUCAAGAAGCAAGUUUUCGAGCUAUUGUCAGCCUUGUGCGCUUACAACGCCGAAGGCUAUUCUAAAGCAAUCGAGACUCUGGAACACUACAAGAGUCUAAAGACGGAACGCUACCGCUUCAAAGUGGUCGUUAAGGAAUUGGAAAAGGCGACAACUGUAGAAUAUCAAGUGGCUUUGCUGGCAUUCAUCAAUUGUGUUAUAAUUUCAGCCCCCAGUCUUCCAGACAGACUCAGAAUACGUAACGAGUUUAUAGGUCUUGGCGUUUUACCAAUUUUGAAUAAUCUAAGGCGAGAAUCACAGAGUGUGGGAGAUAUUAUAGUGCAACUAGACGUGUUCGACGAACAGCGAGAAUGCGACGAAGCCCAAAGCCUGCAAGGUCCCAAUGGGAUCAACCUCAACUCACAUCUUGAUGUCUUCUAUGCAAUACUCAGACAGGUAGCUGACACUCCCCAAGAGAUUCCGUUUUUAAAUAUACUUCAGCAUCUCUUACGAAUUGACCCAAAGGAAACAAUAAGUGAUAUUAUAUGGGACACUGCAGAGAAGCUCGUACAUCGAGCUACACUUCUCGAGAACAAUGAAGAUUCCGUCCGCCUUCUGAGGGCGCCUAGCAUUCAGAAGUUUACAUGUCCGAAUUGCCGAACGGAUGCAACAAGUCCCAGCCGUAAACAAUCGGUAGUGCCGCAAACCCCAAACAGUCUCCAUUUCCCACCCAAUUCAUCUCUUAGCAGUGUAACAAGUCCUACAAACACGGCUGCUCCACCACUGCCACCGCCGCCGCCUCCGGCCGCUCCACCACCCCCUCCACCACCACUAGCGAUGCCGGGAAAUCACAUCCCCUGCGCGCCACCUGCACCACCGCCACCAGCUCCACCUAACCUAUUCUCAGCUGCAUGUAAACGUUUUGAAGUAUCAAAUCGUCCACAAACACCAGAACCAAAUAUGAAUGAGUCCGUCAGAUUGUUACCUCAGCAGGAAACCCCUGCACCGAAAGCGAAGAUGAAGACCAUUAACUGGAAUAAAAUUCCACCCCAGAAAGUUUUAGGCAACCGAAACAUUUGGGCAAUUGUAGCAGAUUCCCAUCAAGAUAGUCCAAUGGCGGAUUUAGAUUGGAGUGAAAUGGAAGGGCUUUUUUGCCUUCAAACAAGUACAAGCACACAAGGUUCACCGAAGUUGGGCCGGGAAGGUGGUAGCGACACUCUGGAUAGGAAAGUGAAAAAGGAGAGUUCCGAAAUAACACUGUUGGAUGGAAAGCGAAGUCUCAACGUCAACAUCUUCCUGAAACAAUUUAGAUCUUCAAACGAGGAUAUCAUCCAGCUCAUUAGGGACGGCGAACAUGAUGACAUUGGGGCUGAAAAAUUACGCGGCCUCCUUAAAAUUUUACCGGAGGUGGACGAACUCGAUAUGCUGCGAUCAUUUGAUGGAGACAAAAACAGAUUGGGGAAUGCGGAAAAAUUCCUUCUUCAAUUGCUUCAAGUUCCAAAUUACAAGCUAAGAAUAGAAAGUAUGCUUCUUAAAGAAGAGUUUGCAGCCAACAUUAGCUACCUAGAGCCGUGUAUAAGCUCUAUGCUGUUUGCAGGGGAAGAUCUUAUGAACAACAAACCUCUCCAAGAAGUUCUCUAUAUGGUUGUGGUUGCUGGAAACUUCUUGAAUGCGGGUGGUUACGCGGGAAAUGCAGCUGGCGUCAAGUUGUCUUCUUUGCAAAAGCUCACUGAUAUCCGAGCUAACAAGCCGGGAAUGAAUUUGAUCCAUUUUGUGGCCUUACAAGCCGAAAAGCGAAAUCCAGAGUUAUUAACGUUCCCGUCCCAACUGAAUACAUUGGAAAACGCGUCGAAGACAACAUCUGAACAGAUAAACAAUGAAAUUAAUGCGUUGGACGCAAGGAUUAAGAAAAUUAAGAAACAAAUUGAUCUUGCUACCACAGAGGAUGAUAUCAAAGAACAAAUGACGGAAUUUCUACAGAUGGCGGAGCGUGAAGUUUCUAUCCUACAACGCGGAAUGAAGGAUGUCGAUCUGAUGCGAACGAAAUUAGCGGAAUUCUUUUGUGAAGAUCCUGGCUCGUUUAAGCUGGAGGAGUGCUUCAAAAUCUUCCAGAACUUCUGUGAACGGUUCAAGCAAGCUGUCAAGGAAAACGAGCGGAGACGUGUGCUAGAAGAACAAGCUACUUUGCGUAGAAAACAACGCGAAGAACAAAUGGCUCGCAGGAUGAAACAAAUGAGUCAAUGCGGGACACCGGUUUCCGAUUCGGAAACAAGCCUUAUGCUCGAUCCUACCAAUUUCGAUGUGAGAGGUAGUCCAGCACUAUCGAGAAGGAGGAUGGGGUCUUUUAAUAGUAAUGGCGACUUGGUUAUGAAUAAUGAAGGGCCAUCGCCAGACAUUACACCAAACGGUAGUUUACGACGGCGGAGAAGCCGUAUUCUGGCAGAAGAUGAUGAAGGCGGUUUAAUGGAAUUUUUAAGAAGUUCCGGUCAUGAUAACGGUAGCCGAGAAAGAAAGGCUUCUUCAUAUGGAAGUUUGGAUCGUUCUUGGGCGCGAAGAGCUAGAUCUGGUAGUGCUGGAAGGAAACGUCCUGAUUUACUAAGCGUAGAUUUCGGAGAGGAUCGCGAACGGCCCAGCUCACCAUCGCCCUUAGCUGAAGUGAAACCAAUUGUGCCAGAAGAACCAAAGCCUAGGUAAAGCUCGUUAGCAUUGAUUUUGUCUGAAAUAACUCAAUUCGUUUUUAGGAUAUCUCGUGAAUGGCGCCAAAAGAUUGAAUCUUGGUUACAAGCUAACGAAAGCGACGAGAAACAAAAUGAGGAAUAUAAGAGGAGAAGGCGUUUGGCAACAAAUAAGCGAUCGCUUGAAAACGAUUCAGAAAGCGAAAGAAGUAAAUUGGAUCCAUUGCCUGAGGAAAAAGCAACAACUGGAGGUCUAGAUUCAUAUAAACGAGUAUAUCCCGAUUGGAAACCUUCCACCACAAUCGAAAAAACUGAUGUUGUCAGCACGAUAGAAGCGAUAGAAGACGCCCAGUCUUACAACAAUGACAAAUCAGCGUGGAGAAAAUCCAACCUCAAUGCAUCCAGCAGCAGUGAAACGGUUGAAAAAGACUUGCGGCAUCUAAGUCGGCAGCUCUCUAGAGAUAGCAAUAGUUCUACGACAGGUCCAUUACAUUCCAUCGAAGAAGAAGAUAAGCGCAAAUCGGUUAUACAGCAGCUUGGCGAGAAACCAGCCUCAGAUAAGCUGCGUAUAUACAUAAGACGUCCGUCAGAACUGACGCCAGAAGAUGAAGAAGUAAUCUCACCUAGUAAAGCAGUAAGCAGUAGUUAUCGCAAGCCCGCAAGUCCACAAAGUAUAUCGAAUAGCAGCAAUAGUGUGUUAUAUGAUAGCCGAAUAAGCGAUCGACAUAGUAACUUAGAAGUAGAUUCAGAUAACAUUGAAACGCCACCAGUAGUGAGGAAGUCAAUAACUAGUCCUAUUGCCAGACGGCUCCAACCGCCCCGGCCCUUACACCCUGAAACAAUUAUUAAUAAUCUGAAAAAGGAUUCCAGUGAGACGAGGACAAUUGAUAAUACAGAGCUCGAAAAUCAAACGGAAGACUUGUCUGGUGGGACUUUCGAUAGGUUCUCUGCAGCGCGUCGUACCAGGCGUUAUAAACGCCCAACCGAUUACAGCAGUGGAAAUGAAGAGGUAUCACCCACAUCUAAUGAAACAUCAUUUGAAUCGGACACAACUAAUUGUGUUCAAAAUGAAAAGCCUAAAGAAGUACCCCGAGAAGAAAACAAGGAGGAUCGGCUGAAGCGGUGGCAAGAAAGACUUCAAAACAUGCACAAAUACCACGAAGAACCGAAAGCAACCACGGGCAGAACUGCAGCGAAACUCGAAAAAGUUGGGCGGCACAUUAGCUCCAUCAACCAAGAGGAUGUACGCGAAGCCAUACGAAAUUUGAAAUCACCGACCGAAACUCCAGAGCGAAUCUGGAGUCCACCUAGAGAUAUAAUUAAGGAAAAACCCAUCAAAGGUUCAAACCACGAACUCAAUGAUGAGGGUUUCGAAGAAACGCAAAGUUUGGUUUCGGAUACUCCAUCGCAUGGAAAGGAAAGCACAUCGUCUUGCAACGAUAAUGUCGAUGCCAUCACGAAACGCACAAAGCCGAUCCGAAUGACAUCAUCCGACAGCGCAGGUACAGCGAGUAGCGAAGCUUCGAAAGUACGAACAACUACCUCCAGACCGCAACUUCAAAAUCUAUUGGAAAGAAAUCGUCGCAGCGUUGAAAGAAGCCGAUCGAUGCGUAGCUCAGUAGAACCAAAGAAUCCCACACCCCAAACAGUCAUACCAAGAAGAACUAAUUCGUUCCGAAAGUCCGAAGCACAGAGCCACGCUUCAUCCCCAGCUAGAAGAGAUGUGGAGCGAAGUAGUUCUCGCACGAGUUUACGAAGCUCUCGAUCAUCCCUGAAUAGUUCGGUCUCUGCGAGUACCGUUCGCAAGGUCGCCCUCAAGCCGUACAUAACCUCUUCAACGGAAUCAUCACCUAGCAAACGGCCUCUUGCAACGCAGAACUCCCCAAUAGCAAGGUCUUCAAACCGGGUCCCAGCUAGCCGGAGUAGUUCCAGUGGGUCAAGUAUCGGUCCGUCGGUUCGGAAGCCCCCUAUGAAGUCUUCGUCUCUGGGUAGCACAAGCUUCAAAGAAAAUCAGUCGAACAGCAAGAACUCGGGUCGUAGUUCAGCCUUGUCGUCGAGCCGGUCGAACGUCUCGAGUCCAGGUAGCGGCGGGAGCGCAAACCAACCGAAUUCUAGGCUAAACAAACUCGUAGCAAACACGUCGCGGAUCAGCGGCUUCAUGCGUCCGACCGCGUCGAGUGCCACAAAGCGUCAACCACAGGAUAACAGAAGCGGUCACAAGUAACCUAAGGCACAAGUGAACUUCGAAACACAAAUCAAAAACAAAGAAACAGGAAAUAAAUGUGAAGUUAUGAUAAGUGACAUAUUUUUAUACUCGAAGAUAGUAUUAUCAAUGUUUGAGUGCCAACCGGCGCACACACAAAUUGUUUGAAAUACUGCAUUUUGUAAACUAAACCACGAAAAUUCGCAGGAGUUGCGUUCUCGAAGGCUUCUCAUUUUAAAUUCUUCCGAUGCGAACACGUUUCCCUUUCGAUACACUUUCUUUCAAAUUGUCCGUGACGCAGCCAGAUAGACACUUCCGCAUAUCGAAUAUAAAGUAAGCGGUUUCAAGCAACUGGCAAAGGAGCGACUUCAAGAACGUACCUCCUCGAAUCUUUGAAUAACAUUUUAGUGAUAUAGACAAGGAAACUAUUGCCUGCAUAAUUUGUUCCAUUCCGAUAGAAUAUCAGUAGAAAUCACACGAGAACCGUCCAAAUCCAUUCCCUCUCAGUAUUUUCCCAUCAGCCUCCGAAAACUACAAUCGCUGUGCUCCUCUGUAUAUCCGGUAAGGAACCGACGAAAGGAAGGGUUGAUUUCAUUUCAAAGCCGAUUCACAAUCAUUGCAUUCUUCCACCAGUUGCUCUACUCUAUCUGCUUCAUCUCCAUAACCCGCAGAAUCAUCAACUAUAGACACAGUUACCAGCAAUGCGAAACAUAUCCAGAAACAGAACCGUUGCAAUCUGCAUUUACUUAUUGAUUUCCAUAGAAUAUUAAGGAGCAGGGAGCAAUACCGUCGGCGGCCGACGCUUCCCUUUCUCAUGUUAGUUUCGGCAAACCCAAGAAUCCGAGCGAAGGCAGCGAGAUUAAGAGAAACCCGAACUAACGAUCACCUCAAGAGUCACACUUAAACAUUAACGAAGCCAAAUGAGAAAUCACAAUACAAUGGUGCAUUAGAAAUAGAUAGGAAUUAUGUCAUUAGCAUUUAUACCGUACGUUUACUUUUUGAGUUAUUUAAAGGAUAUUUAUUAAGGACGCUCAAUUGGAAGCAAGUCACAAGCACACGAUCCCAUUGCAAACACAGUUUCAGGAGUUUCAAAGGUACCGUCUUUAUUACUGUUGCUUAUUCAAUUACCAACAGAUAUUCUAUCUUUUCAAUCGAAGUAGAGUUUCAACAAAUUUUACAGGUCAACUACUCGGAGCUUAAUAUAUUUUGUUUCACGCACUCUCAUGAAUGAUAACAACUUUACUAACACUUUUUUAAUUCUGCAAUGUAUUUUCUACAACUUUUAUAUUUGUUGCAAACAGUUGACGAUGCAAUUUUAAAGGCAUUAAAUAAAAGUUAAAAUCGUUGAAA